ACGUUUCAGUGAUGAUGUCUCUUCUGUCAGGAUUUACCCGUUUUUGAUGACAGCACGGGAUUAGCCUGACUCGGUUGCGACGUAAUCCCUUUUUCAAAUGUCCGAUCGUCACACGAACGUGCUUUUAGUUAAAAUUUUCAUAUAGACAUUAUAAUUUAUAAUCUAUUUAUUAAAAGAUCAUAUAAUAAAUUUCUUAUAGAAAUCAUUAUAUAAUGUUACAAAUUUUAAGAUUUGAGAUAAACGUCGACAGUGGUUGUUAAGCGAUAAAAAUUAUUGUCUCUCUAUCUCUCUGUCUUUCUCUCUCUCUCUUUCUCUCUCUCUCUCUCUCUCUCUCUCUCUCUUUCUCUCUCUCUCUCUCUCUCUCUCUUUCUCUCUCUCUCUCUCACUCUCUCUUAAUUUGUGAUUACGAGUACAUUCCUGUGAUAUAGAUAAUAAUACAAGAAAAUUAUCUUAUAAUAAUAGAAGAUAAAGUGAUUUCGUUGAAGUGUUAAAGCUGAAAUCAUUGAUCGAAUUAUCGAGAGAAUUUUCGUUUUACAAAUAUGUCGCCUCAAGAAAAACUUGCUACAUCAACCGAUUUAAAUUUAACGGAUCAUGCCUGUGAUACUUUAUCUCGGACUUCAAAUUCUACUGAUAAACAUGCAAAUCGUAAGAAUUCCUCGAAAGAUCUUAAAAAUCAACUUGCCAAUAUGAAGGAUCCGAAGGAUAUGGAUUUCGAUGAUCUUCUACCUUACGUCGGGGAGUUUGGAUUAUAUCAGAAGAUUCUCUUCGUUAUGAUGAUACCCUUUGCCUCGUUCGUUGCUUGGGUAUAUUUCUCUCAAAUCUUUCUUACCCUAGUACCGGAAGGACAUUGGUGUUGGAUACCAGAGUUAGAAAAUCUUACCGCCGAAGAAAGAAUCGCAUUGGCAAUACCACUUGAAGGCGAAGGCUAUUCAAAGUGUAUCAUGUACGAUACUAAUUACACUGAGAUCCUGUCGAAAGGAAUAAAGGUCAGCGAUCCAACGUGGUCAAUAAAGAAGUGUCAGCAUGGUUGGGAAUUUAACUACACGGACAUUCCCUAUUCAACUAUAGCAACCGAGCUUGAAUGGGUUUGUGACGACAGUGCUUUACCAAAUACUGCCCAGAGCAUCUUCUUCGUUGGCGCCAUUUUUGGUGGAUUGAUAUUUGGAUGGAUCGCCGAUCGAUUUGGACGAGUACCAGCGUUGGUUGGAGCAAAUAUUACUGGCUUUUUAUCAGGUGUUGCCACGGUCUUUGCCGGAAAUUUCUGGGAAUUUGCUGUGUGUCGUUUCUUCUUUGGUUUUGCUUUCGACAAUUGUUUUACAAUGAUGUAUAUAUUAGUCUUGGAAUAUGUCGGACCGAAAUGGCGUACAUUUGUUGCUAACAUGUCGAUAGCGAUUUUCUUUACUUUCGCAUCUUGCAUCUUACCUUGGAUCGCUUAUUUCUUGGCUGACUGGAAACUGACAUGCUUGGCAACGUCCGUUCCCCUAAUUUUAGCUGUAGUAUCACCAUGGUUAAUACCGGAAAGUGCAAGGUGGUUGGUCAGUCAAGGACGAAUAGAUAAAGCCAUAGGGAUCUUGAGAAAGUUCGAACGGAUUAAUGGUACAAAAGUUCCCGAUGAUAUUUACAAACAAUUCCAAGAAACCUGUGCUAAAAUACGUAAAGAAGAGGAAACUGACAAAUCUUAUUCCGUGUUGGAUCUAUUUAAAAGUCCACGGCUACGUAAGAUUACGAUCUUGUUCAUCGUGAUUUGGAUGGCGAUUUCUCUGGUCUUCGAUGGUCACGUGAGGAAUGUCGACAAUCUUGGUCUAAACGUUUUCAUCACGUUCACCGUUGCUGCAGCAACCGAAUUACCAGCUGAUACUUUCUUGACACUGGUCCUUGACAGAUGGGGUAGAAGAUGGUUAGCCUGCGGUUCAAUGGUGAUAUCUGGAAUCUUCAGUAUCUGGGCUUGCGCUGUUUCAAACAAUAUUUACUCUGCUACUCUGGCUAUAUGUGGAAGAUUUUGGGUAAACAUUUCCUACAAUAUAGGUUUGCAAUAUGCGGCUGAAGUUCUGCCAACUGUAGUACGUGCUCAAGGAGUCGCUCUAAUUCACAUAAUGGGAUACGUCGCUAGUAUUUUAGCACCUUUUGUAGUUUAUUUGAAUAUCAUCUCUUCGAUCCUUCCAUUAUUACUCUUAGGUAUCUUUGGAAUUAUAGGAGGUCUUUUGACUCUCUUUCUACCAGAAACAUUAGACAAAGAUCUGCCACAGACUUUAGAAGAUGGUGAGAAUUUUGGUUUGAAUCAAAAAAUGUGGGAUGUACCUUGCUUCUCGAAAAAAUUGCAAGAUAAAGAACCCCCGGCACCUGAAAUAUUCCGAUCUUUUGGCAGAACUAGUGCGAGAAUUUCAAUGAGAGCAUCUCUUCGUGGUGAAGUGAUGCGAAGUAAUCUAAUUCAUAGAUCUAGCAUGAAAUCACAAAAGAAUACAAGUCCAACAGUGGAAAUGGCAAAAUUAUAGCGUACAAAGUCAAUGUCUUUCGUUUGACUUCUGAAAAUUGUGAUAUCAAAAAUUAUUGAAGUCGUUUUAAAGCUUCGAUAAUACUGGCCAAAAAACGCAUCAAGUGAUACGAUAUAAUAUUCGUGAAAAAUUGACGAGUAUAAAAAUAAAAGUUUUUAGACAAAAAAAAAUAUCCAUCGAGAAAUAAAGAAAUUUGAUAAAUAAAUAUAUUAUAAGUAUAUACUACAUAUAUACUAUACAUAUAUAUAUAUAUUUAUUUAUUUAUUCAUUUGCAUUUACACAUCUUGAAGUCAUUAUAUCAUCAUUCAUUUAUCAUUAAUAGAAUUUGUUGUUCUUGAUUUAUUAAUCAAAUAUUUAAUAUAUAAACAUGACGUAAAAAGUAUUUUAAAAUAUUUCAUUAAAUAACAAAUAGCACGUAUAUACACUAUCAAUCGAAAUUAAAUCGUACUGUGAAAUAUUAUCACAUCAUUUAUUUCAUUAAAAAAAAAGGAAUACUCAUUAGGUAUACUAUGCUAAAUAAAUUACGAUACUGUAUAAUUCUAUCAUUAGUGUUUGAAUACAUAUCAGUACUCUUAGAUCAAAACCAAGAAUUUAAUAUAACUUGUCAUUUAAUUCACUGUUGAUAUAAAAAAAAAAUAUUAUAAUAUAUAAUAAUGUAAUAGUAUUUAAACAUUAUUUGUAUAUUACUUAUUACUCUCACUAUAAGAAUAUACUAUAUACAAACUAAUAGUAACUUUAAAUAUUUUUAUGGAAGCCCUCAGGAUAUAUUUAGAAUUUUACUUUUAAAGUAAACUUACUCUAAAUUUUGUUUCAUAUUUUUGAUUAUAUCCGCUUAAUUUUAACUAUUUAAUAGUUAAUUUCUUAAAUUUCCUAUACAUACAUAUUUAAUAUCAGUAAAAUCAUCAAUACCAUGACUAGACCCUUCCCUUCCUAAUCCUGAUUCCUUUACACCUCCAAAUGCAGCUUCCGCGCACGAAAUUAAUCCUUCAUUUACACCUACCAUACCAACUUCCAUCUUCCUUGCUACUCUAAACACUUGUGAUAUAUCUUGCGAAUAAAAAUAUCCAGCUAAUCCCACAGGAGUAUCAUUGGCUUUUUUCAAAACAUCUUCUUCAUUAUGGAAUUUAUUAAUAACAGCCACAGGGCCAAAUAUUUCUUUAUUAUAUAUUUUCAUAUCUUUAGUAACGUCUGUGAGCAAUGUAGGAGCAUAAAAUAAAGGACCCAAUUCAGGUAAUGGUUUACCACCACAAUGUACUUUAGCUCCUUUACAGACUGCAUCUUGAACUAAAUCAUCUACCAUUUUCAAUUGACUAUCCUUAAUAAGAGGCCCAUGAGUGAUACCUUCUUUACUACCAUCACCCAUUUUAAUUUCACUUUUAAUUUUAACCAAAUAUUUUUCAAUAAAUUUAUCAAAUAUUUCUGCUUGUACAAAAAAUCUGUUGGCAGAAACACAAGUCUGACCUGUGUUACGGAACUUGCUAGCCAUUGCUCCUGCUACAGCUGCAUCCAAAUCAGCAGUAUUAAAGACAAUAUAUGGUGCAUUACCUCCAAGUUCAAGACUAAGACGCUUCAUGGUUCCUGCACACUGUUGAUAUAAAAUCUUUCCAACACCCGUAGACCCAGUAAAUGAAACAACUCUUAUUGCAGGAUUAUCACAAAGUUCCUUGCCAACUGCUGCAGAAUUUUUUAUACUUGUUGUAACUACAUUAAAAGUACCAGCAGGAAAACCUGCUUUUUCUGCAAGAUCAGCUAAUGCUAGUGCAGUGAGUGGUGUAUCCUCAGAUGGUUUAACAACACAAGUACAUCCAGCAGCAAAAGCAGCACCAGCUUUUCGGGUAAUCAUUGCAUGAGGAAAAUUCCAUGGUGUAAUUAAAGCAGAUACUCCAACCGGUUGUCUUAAUAAAAGUAAUUCUCUGUUACGUACUGGAGCUUGAAGAACUUCUCCAUUAAUGCGUCUUGCUUCUUCAGAAAACCAUUCGAUAAAAGAAUUUCCAUAUUUAAUUUCUCCUCUAGAUUCUGCCAAUGAUUUACCAUUUUCUUUAGUCAAAAUUUUUGCUAAAUCUUCUGAAUGUUUAACCAUAAGAUUAUACCAGUUUCUUAAUAAAUCGCUUCUCUCUUUUGCUGUUGUAGAUUUAAAUGUUUCAAAUGCUUUAGAUGCUGCAUUAAUAGCUAUUCGAGUAUCUUCUGCAUUCAUAUCAGGAACAUUUUUAAUGACAGAUUUAUCAACUGGAUUUUGAACAGGAAACGUCUGACAACUGUUUGCUCCUAACCACUUGCCGUCAAUAUAAGCCAGAUCUCUUAAUAAAUGUAAUCCACGGCUAGCAAUAUUUGCAUGCAACUUUACUCCUUCUUUUAACGACUGCAUGAUAAUAACAGGCAUUUCGAUCUGUUGAAAAUAUAAUAAAAAAAUUUGUAAAGGUACAUGUAAUAAAAGAAUACUUGUAAGAGCAAUAUCGGCAUAUUCUAAGAAAUAAUUAUUCUAAAUUAUUUAUAAACUGAC